AUGGAACAACAAUCCUUCGAAACCCAUGACGGCCUGUACUCCGCUCAAUGGGUCAACAACGAUCACCGACAACAGAGGAAUCUUGCACCCGCGUCACGGAUAACCCCGGAGGAGAUGAUGCUGCACGCCGCCGCAAACCACAUGCAGAACGCUCGCGAAUACUCCAUGCCGCCUGGCAUGACUGCCUCCAUGAGCCACCAGUCCAGUGUUCCCAUGAGCCACUCGAUGUCGUUCCCUCAACACACCGCCAUGCCUCGACACCCCCUGCCCAACGAAAGCUUUGCCAACAGCUUCACCGAGGACAGCCAAUUGAUGGACCGUGACGACGACGACUCUUUGGUCGGUGCUAUGGGUUUGCAAAAGUCGAGCUCUGCUAGGUCCAGUGCCAACAAUGAGCUCGAGAUGCGUCACCUUUUCAACGCCAACAAGCACCGCGGCCUGCAAGAUGUUGCCAAGGAACUCCAUGGCAAUGAGCGUGGCCCCAACUCCGAACGGACCCGCCAAGUGUUCGCCAUGCUUUGGAUCAACACGGUAUGCACCAAAGGGAAGGGUUCUGUCCCUCGCGGCAGAGUCUACGCGAACUACGCGUCCCGAUGUGCGACCGAGAGGAUCACCGUCCUCAACCCCGCCAGUUUUGGCAAGCUUGUCCGAGUUCUCUUCCCCGGCCUCAAGACAAGACGUCUUGGCGUGAGAGGUGAAUCCAAGUAUCACUACGUCAACUUUACACUGGUGGAUGACCAGCCCGAUCUUCGCGAGCCCGAACCUCAGAUCCCGAUGGCGAUUCCGGAACCCAGCAGGUCACAGAGUUUCAGUGCAGCUCCCGCCAAAUCUCAGCCUGCGAAGGCCGCACUGCCUUCUCCUGACGCUGUCAGGCGGGCAGAGAGUCCUGCCGAGGCAUCCCAUACUCAUUCACGAUCGCACAGCUUUUACUCCCAUCCGAAUAUAACCAGCGCGGAUCAUCUCAGUUCUUCCACUUCCAAAACGUCUCUCCAGUUCUCAUUCCCUUCGGAGGCGGAUGAGGCCCUCCUUCAAUCAAACGAUCCCCUUGUGCUGCCACGAAUGGAGCCUUUCUUGCCCAACGGAACUGACCCGGACGCGGCAAAGAGCCUGUCUGCUCUGUAUAGGUCGCACUGCACUUCAUUAGUUGAAUGUGUUCGCUAUUGCAAGGAGAAGACCUUCUUCCAUCUCUACACCUCUUUCCAAGGCACGUUGACUAUGCCGGUCCAGAAGCUACUCGGUCACCCGGCUCUUGCCCCCUGGAUCGAGGAAUGCGAUUUCAUCCUCUACCAACGCAUGCUUAGAAUCAUCUCGGGCCUGACGCUUCAAGUCGUGCCCAAGCCGGUGUUGGAUACAUUACGCAACAUUUCCGAGCGCCUGGUCCCCCACGUUCGGGAUGCUUUCCAAGGUCAACCGCAUCAUGUCAUUCGAGCCAAGGAGGCUCCAGCUACCAUCUUCGCAGCUCUCUUGGAUCGUGCCCUGAGAGUCAACCUCACUGCCCACGCAGCGGCCAACAUGCUUUCGAAUCCGGCCAACCGCGACCAGAUGUACCUCGAUUGGAUCACGAUGGUCCGCGUGCGCAAAGUGGCCGAAUGCGUGCCCACGCGUGGCAUGGACGACCUGGUCAACCUUCUUGUAUCCGAACUCCGCGAUCUUCUCAACCCGAUGAACGUACCAUGGGAAGUGGAGUGCUUGACAGUGUACGGCGAUAUCGCUCUGAGGAAUGGCCGUCAACCUGGAGCCGAGGGCACCGCGGACGCGAAUGGACAGAACGUGUUGGAACGCUGGGUCGGCUUCCUCAAGUCACUACCAACCCGAUUCCCUUACGCAACACACACAGACAUCGUCUACUGCGUGCAGAGGGUAGGCACUGCCGUGAUGCGGGAUCUGACCAUGGCUCAGGGCAAGAGCUUUGGCUCUUGGUGGGUGACGAAAUGCUGGAUCGAUGAGAUGACGUGCUUCCUUGCCGAGCAGGGAGGCUUCCUCAACAUGAAGACCUCGGGAGCAUCGGCGACCGUCGCCAAUCCUCAUAGAACAGGUCAGGAGGCGAGCCAACAGGGUUCCCGGUACAGCACUGGGAGUGAAGAGUUCAACUUUUCCAACCUUCCCCAAGCACAGCCGGACAAGGCGCCUUUUCCGCCAGCAACCAGUCAAGGCCAGGUUGAUUCAGCCGGAAUGACGGGGGGCAGCAACCCUGAUGAUAGCGGAAUUGGUAUCCGGACGCCGGAGGAGGACUUCCCGAUGGACAAGUACACGUUCUCGCACUCCGAGGUCAACCAAGCGCUGCUUGCGAAUGCUGAACUGCAACAAUGA